AUGACAAAGACACGAGUCUGGGACAGUGACGAAAAGCUUGUGCUACUCGAAACUGUGCUUCUGACUCUUGGAAGUCCAGUAAUCAACGGAGACAAGGUUGUUGAACAAUGGCUUGGCGAUGGACCCGCACCGUCAGCAAGGAGUAUCAGAGAACAUUACCGAGCCAUCAUUCGAGUUGCUGAAGCGAAAGCCGGCAUCAAAUCUGGCCAACCAAAAGCCGAAGCCGAAGCCGAAGCCAUCAAGAAGUCUGAAGGCGAGGACGAUAAAGGCUCUUUGGUUCUCACAACACCAAUCUCCAAGGUCAAGCUUGAUUCCACAAAGUCCAAGUCGGCGUCAGGAAGUGGUAGCAAGCGCUCAGCCAACGCUGGAAACAAAGGCAAGAGUGUUUCUGCCAAAAAGAGAAAAUGGUCAUCAGAUCCAGAAGACGAAGCUGAGGGAGCAACCACCACCGACUCGGAUGAUAAUAUUGUGACGCCCAGUAAGCGAGUCCUACCAUCGCGUCGAAGCCGCAAGACUACGAAGGUCAUCGAUAACUCUGGCUAUUCCGAAGACGAUGGGUUUAAAGACGAUGCUGAAAAAGACUUCGGCGGAGUAGGAGAUGAUGCUGAGUACGGAGUCGAGUCUGCAUGA